AUGGCUUUAAUAGUUCAACUUCAUCACUUUAAAAUUUUAAUUUUUGGUAUCAAAUAUAUUUUUUAUGUAUGUAUAUAUGUGCGCACGCUUGCGUGUGUAUCUUUUAUAUUAUUGACAAUUGAAGUGAGAAAAAAGACACAUAGAACUUUUGCGAAACUUCAGAUAUUAAACGUAUGUAUAUACAUGCCAAAUAGGCUAAUAAUAAUAAUACUAUAUAAAUGUAUUGAUAAUGUUUUAUUACUAAUAAAUAUGUCUUUUACAAAGCAAUAUAUUCUCAAUAUUUUCAUCGCGAAUUACGAUAAAUAUCUAUUAUUUUUGCUACGACCGUAUCCAAUAAACCACUUCAAAAAAUUGUACAGAUAUGCCCAUACUGAUAUACCGAGGCCUAAUUUCGAAGAAUAUCGACGAAACUCCUCGCAGGAUCCCCAAGAACCGGCUUCGAAAAGUUUCGAGAAAAGAAAAGCGCUGAACUGCGUUGCCUCUUUUGCCGGUGGAGUUACUGCAUUAUAUGCCUUCAAGGCUCACUUAUUACAUCAUGUACUUUUCUUGUCGCCUUCACGGGAUAUAUUGGCGGAAGCUCAAUUAGAAGUGAAAUUAGAUACUAUACCAGAAGGAAAAGUAUCGAUCGUUAAGUGGCGCGGAAAACCUGUUUUUAUCUAUCACCGGACUCAAGCGAUUAUCGAACAAGAGAGAGCCGUGAGCAUAUCGGAAUUACGUGAUCCGGAAACGGACGACGAUAGGAUCAAAAGGCCGGAGUGGCUGGUCGUGGUGGGGAUCUGCACGCACUUGGGAUGCAUACCGAUUCCGAAUGCCGGCAUUAUACCGGGCGGCUUUUUUUGUCCGUGUCACGGUUCGCACUUUGACGCGGCCGGUCGCAUACGAAAAGGUCCGGCGGCCACCAAUUUGGAGAUACCCGAAUACAAAUUCACAAACGAUAAUAAUAUCCUUAUCGGAUGA